CUAGCUAGCUCGCCGUCGUGGUGGACGCCGCCAUGGCCGAGCGGAGAGCUUCCUCGUUGGGCGUGAUCAUGGCCGUGGCCAUGGUGGUGAUCAUGGCCGUCCUGGGACUGGGACUCGUGGCCGCGGAGGAGGAUCCAUGGCCUGAUGCCCCCAGGUACAAAGAAGAUCCGGUUCUAGUGGAGGCGCUGGUGGCCAUCAGGGCGGCGCUGCGGGAUCCCAACGGCGUUCUCGUUGACUGGGUCGCCAACUCCAGCGUGCACCCUUGCAACUGGACCGGCGUGGUAUGCAGCGUCAGUCUCGGAAUAGACCUGCACAGCAGAAACCUGUCCGGCACACUGUCGCCUGAGAUCGGCAAAAUACGGUGGCUGGAGGAUGUGAAUUUGGGUGAUAAUGAUAUUUCCGGGCCGAUUCCUGAAACUCUAGGCGAGUUUCAAUCCCUAGUACGGGUUGAUCUGUCGAAUAAUCGCUUCAGCGGCACUAUACCACCCGCACUGUGCAAGGAGCCCAUAUACGAUCUGCAAUUGAGUCACAACAACUUAUCUGGAACCAUACCCGAUGCAAUAUUCACUCAUCGCAGCAACUUCUUUGUUGAUCUGUCCUUCAACAACCUGAGUGGCACAUUGCCGGAUUAUAACAUAAGUUUUUAUGGCAUAAAUACUGCAAACUUUGAAGGAAACCCAAUCCUACACUACAACUGCAAUGGAACAUGUGGUUCCACCCCAAUGCAGGAGAAUGCUCUCCCCAAAGAAAGCCCGACUCACUGGUGGUAUAUCAUCGCAAUGAGCGACAUGCUGACGUACUUGGUGAUUUCCUUUCUGAUAGCUUUCUUCCUCGUCAUGGUUCUGGUGGUUUUCUGGCAGUGGCAUAGGCGCCACCAGAUCUUUGCUGAUAUAUAUGAUAAAAAUGAGUCAGAAGCAUGCUUUGGUCAUCUAAAGAGAUACAUGCUCAAGGAGAUCAAACAAGCUACAAACAACUUCAACCGUAACAACAUCUUAGGGCAGGGAGGAUUUGGGAUAGUGUACAAGGGCCUUUUGCAUGAUGGCACAAUUGCUGCUGUUAAAAGGUUGAAAGAUUUUGUUUCUUCUACUGGGGAACACCAGUUUCGCACAGAAGUUGCGGUCAUAAGCUUGGUUGUGCACCGUAACCUUCUUAGUCUGAUUGGGUUCUGCUCUGAGAAGAAUGAGAGGCUCCUUGUGUACCCUUACAUGCCAAAUGGGACUGUUUCUUCUAAAUUGCAAGAAUAUGUAAAUCAAAAACCUGCUUUAGACUGGCCAACGAGGAAGAAGAUAGCGCUUGGCACGGCACGAGGGCUGGUCUAUUUGCACGACCAGUGUUAUCCUAAGAUAAUCCACCGAGACAUAAAAGCCUCCAACGUUCUUCUCGAUGAAGAAUUCGAGGCCAUCGUGGCCGAUUUCGGGAUGGCAAAGAUGUUGGAGCAAGGGCAGACCCAUGUUAUCUCAGAGAUCCGAGGCACAUUUGGGCGUAUCGCUCCGGAGUAUCUGAGGACCGGCGAAUCGUCGGAGAAGACAGACGUUUAUGCGUAUGGACUCCUGCUGAUGGAGCUGAUCACUGGUCGGAGAACGCUGGACGUCCGUGAAGAAGAGUAUCCCAAGGGAGGAUUGGUUGACUGGGCAAGGGAACUCCUGGAGGAGGGUCAGCUAAGCUCGCUUGUGGACAAGAGGCUAGGGAGCGACUACGACAGCGCCGAGCUGGUGGAGAUGGUUCAGACAGUCUUGCUCUGCGCAAUGUACAACGCAGAUCAUCGCCCAAGGAUGUCUGAAGUCGUCAGGAUGCUGGAAGGAGAUGGAUCGUCUGCCAAGAGAUGGGAAGCCUUGAAGGAUAUCCCGACGACACCGUUGCCUGGAACCCCGGUGUUUAUCCCUUCUCUUGCACAUGGCGGUGAAGGCGAAGAGUAUCAAUCAGGGGACAUUGAAGCCAUCGAGCUCUCAGGGCCAAGGUGAUCCCCAAGCAAUUUGACAUGCAUGUCAGAGGUCAUAUGUAGUGCUCCCACCCAUAUACCGUGAUGAUACGGCAUUCUCGCCUUUCGGAAAAACAUGCAAGAUGGUCAUGAAAAAUUCCGAAAAAAAUGGAUUUUCGGAAUUUCUGGUUACCAAGACUAAUGCAUGAUUUGUGGAAGUUCCAAAUGGAGGGAGCAUGUGGUAGAACCGUAUGGGGUGGUAGCACUAGAUAUCUCUGUCAGAGUACAAAGUACUUAUGCUGUAUUAAUAGUCGGUUUUAGUCUGUCAGAGCACAGAAUCGAAGUAAAAGGUAGUAGUCCGUA